UCUAUUCAAUAAAUGUACAAUUUUUUUCAAUAUUAAAAAAAACCUGUCAGCUGUCACAUUUUGUCAACCACCACAAACGUCAAAAUUUCCUUGUUACGUAAAACAGCUAUAUUUAACAAAAACACUGCUGUGACUGGAACAAUCCAAGAUGUUGCGUUCAGCCUUGGCCCCCAUUAAAGACGCUCUCGCCCCCAAUCUCCGCAUUGCCGGCACCUUCGCCCAGCCUGUUCGAAACCAGUCAACCGAAGUGGCCCCCCGGCCCUACUCCCCGUUCCAGAAAACCAGCAACUUGGCCGAAUAUUCCCUCGCCCGUCUCGACGACCUCCUCAAUUGGGGCCGCAAGAGCUCCAUGUGGCCUUUGACGUUCGGUCUGGCGUGCUGCGCCGUCGAAAUGAUGCACAUUGCGGCCCCCAGAUACGACAUGGACCGAUACGGAGUCGUUUUCCGAGCCUCGCCACGACAAGCAGACGUUAUUAUAAUUGCAGGGACACUCACGAAUAAGAUGGCCCCGGCUUUGCGGAAGGUCUACGAUCAAAUGCCCGAACCCAGAUGGGUGAUUUCGAUGGGCAGUUGUGCCAAUGGUGGCGGAUAUUACCAUUAUUCGUAUUCGGUUGUUAGGGGGUGCGACCGGAUCAUCCCUGUUGAUAUUUACGUCCCGGGGUGUCCCCCGACCGCGGAAGCCCUGCUGUAUGGAGUCUUACAGCUCCAGAAGAAGGUCAAAAGGUACAAUGCCCUACAAAUGUGGUACAGGAAGUAAAGUAGUUGUAAGAAUAAAACUGUAAAUAAGAUUUAAACAAAAAAUAUACACAAGUCGAGUAA